AUGCAUACUCCAGGAACCAUCAUGCGAUCUGUAAGCGCACCUAAUGAGGCAGAUAAGCCAAAGAUUAUUGAGCUUGCAGUUGCAGCGAUGGAGGAGCUGAUCCGAAUGGCUCAAAUUGGCGAACCGUUGUGGAUGAAUAGCAUUGAUGGAUCAACCGCUGUGCUCAAUGAAGAUGAGUACAUUCGAACAUUUCCUCGUGAAAUUGUGCCAAACCAAUCUGGAUUCAAAUGUGAAGCUUCGCGGGAGAGUGCUGUUGUCAUCAUGAACCACAAUAAGCUUGUUGAGAUUCUCAUGGAUGAGAAUCAAUGGGCAACUGUGUUUUCGGGGAUUGUAUCAAGGGCUACGACUCUGGAUGUGCUAUCAGCUGGAGCAGAAGGAAACUACAAUGGAGCCUGGCAAGUGAUGACAGCAGAAUUCCAAGUACCAUCUCCAUUGGUUCCAACUCGCGAGAGUUAUUUUGUGAGGUACUGUAAGCAUCAUGUUGAUGGCACUUGGGCAGUGGUUGAUGUCUCCUUGGACAAGCAACUCGGCUAUACUUCUGCUCUGAAAUCCUGUCAAAGAAGACCUUCUGGUUGUCUCAUCCAAGAAAUGCCAAAUGGAUACUCAAAGGUUACUUGGGUUGAACAUGUCCGAGUGGAUGAAAGAAGAGUUCACAAUCUGUACAAGCAGCUGGUUAACUCUGGCCUUGCAUUCGGUGCGAAAAAAUGGGUCGCCACCUUGGACCGCCAAUGUGAGCGUCUCGCCAGAGCCUCGGCGACAAGCAUCCCUACCGUUGAGGUGUAUGCGAUAACAGCUGAAGAAGGGAGGAAGAGCAUGUUGAAGCUGGCCCAGAGAAUGGUUAGAAGUUUCUGUGUUGGAGUGAGUGCAUCUACAACUCAUAUAUGGACGACGCUGUCUGGAACAGGUGCUGAUGAUGUUUGUGUGAUGACCCAAAAGAAUGCGCAUGAUCCAGGAAGGCCUCAGGGCAUUGUGCUCACUGCUGCAACCUCAUUCCGGCUUCCUGUCCCCCCGACAAGGGUCUUCAAGUUCCUUUGUGAUAAGAACUCCCGAAAUCAGAGGGAUAUCCUCUGCAAUGGUGGCGUUGUGCAGGAAAUGGCACACAUAGCCAACGGACGUGACACUGGGAACUGCGUGUCACUACUUCGGAUAAAUAGUGCCGAUUCUAGGCAGAGCAACAUGCUCAUACUGCAGGAGAGCUGCACUGACCACACGGCAUCAUAUGUAAUCUAUGCGCCUUUGGACAUAGUUUCUGUGAACACCGUGCUUAGUGGCAGCGAUCCUGACUACGUAGCCCUGCUGCCAUCUGGGUGUGCUAUACUCCCAGAACCUGAAACUGGAGGGUCCAUGUUGACUGUGGCCUUCCAGUUUCUGGUGGAUUCGGUUCCCACCGCGAGACUCUCUCAGGGGUCUAUGGCACCAGCUAAGAUCCUCAUAGUUGGCACGGUGGAGCAGAUGAAGGCCUCAUUGUCCUUGGACAAUGAAGCAUGACCAGCUCUUCUUG